UGCUGCUGGUAUUUGUGGGUUGAAAGCUCGGAUGCCACUCUGCGUGCCUGCAGCCGGGGUGCAGCUUUCAGCACUGCCCCAAGAUGGGAUCACAGCCGAUCCCUUGCUGCCAGAGAAGGUACCAGGGGACCCCAGACCCACAGAUAUAGCAGCACCGCAGAAGCAACAGCAGAAGCAACAACACCUUCACACUUGGUCACACACACCGUGUGGUUCACACACACUGCUCGCUCGCUGGACUGGACUGGACACCGAGCAGAGACACUGCCACAGGCACACUAGGUCACACACACACAGACUAUCCGGUUCACGCACACUGAAUCUCUGCGAUGGACACUGCGCUGGAUACAGACAAGGCAAGAAUGAGCCUGGAAGAUACAAAAAGGGCAGUGGUGUCUCCAAGCUCUCCACCUAACAUGGAGUUCCAAGCCCUCCACCAGGCCCAUCGGGACCGCUGGAAGAACACAGAUGUGUCCAUGUGUCGCCACAGCCUGUCCUUCCAUCUGCACCACAGCCUGAGGAUGGAGUUCUUCGCCAGCUUCCUGUACCUGCUGGAGCAGAUCCCCCUGGUCAAGCUCUUCGCAGUGACCUGCGAGAAAAUCAAAGGGGAGAAGUACUUCUACUACAAGGCGCAGCAGUUCUACGAGGACGUGGAGCCGUCAGAGGAGGGGAUGAUGGGAGACUUCGUUGAGAUCUCCCACAUCGACCUGGAAGGCUCCAGGAACUUUCUGAGCAGGUUUAUUGGUCCUGGUAAGGCUGACACUAAGUGUGCCCUGGAUUGUGGUUGUGGGAUUGGGCGGGUAUCUAAAGGUGUCCUCCUGCCCAUCUUUGAGACCAUGGAGAUGUGUGACAUGAUUGAGGCCUUUCUGCUCCAUGCCCAUGAGGAGUACCUAGGAGACGACGCUGACCGCAUAGAAACAUACUACUGUUACAACCUGCAGGAGCUAACACCUCCCUCCAGGAAAUAUGAUGUCGUCUGGAUGCAGUGGUGUGCAUGUCACCUGACGGACAGGGACCUGAUGCAGUUCCUGAUGCGCUGUAAGAAGAGUCUGCGGCCCAACGGGGUUAUCAUCAUUAAGGACAACAUGGCCCGGAAGGGCUGCAAGCUGGAUCCCAUCGACAGCAGCAUCAUCCGUCACCUGGACAUUAUGAAGGACAUCAUCUUUAAGGCCGGCCUGAAGGUCCUGGCUGUGGAGAAACAAGAAGGAUUCCCCGACGCCAUCGUCCCUGUGUGGAUGAUCGCUAUGCAGUAGACAGACAGACGAGCGGAUGGACGGACUGACUGGCUGAUAGACAGUAUACAGUACCUUCGUUAUUAGACAUUCUGACACACUAUUACAAGAUUGUAACGUCUCACACCCCCUGACAAGCGCUCACUACUACUCCAAUGAAGACAGAAUGGUGUAUAUAUAGAUUUUACGUUGCUUUGUUUUUGUGCCAGUGUGUUAUUUUUAUAUACCUCUGCCUGUAAUAUUGCAGAUUUUAAAUGAAGAUUACUUUUUUACACGACAUUACAUGUUUUCUGGUUUGUCAAUGUAUAGUUAAGUUGAAAUGCAGUAUGUUGUGCUGACUGUAGCCUAAACUAAUGCCUUAGCAAAAAAAACUUUUUUUUUGCCUAGCAACACACAAAUUGCCUUAGCAACAAACAAAAUGCCUCAGCAACAAACAAAAAAGUAUUUUCAUAUGGUACGCUGAUGUAUGUAGCAAAAUGUAUUCAUGCUCAUUAAACUGUACAAUGUAACCUCUA